UUACUGGUCGACGAUUGGGAACGGGCACAAGCUCUUCAUCGGCGCUCCGGUGGGGUCCUACUCGAAGGUCCUCCAGGCUGUGGAAAGACGCUCGUUGCGAAAGCGUUGUCAAACCAGGCCGGGCUAAACUUCCUGUCUGUGAAAGGACCGGAGGUGCUGAACAAAUUCCAAGGUGAAAGUGAACGUCGAGUGCGUGAAAUCUUCGAACGAGCACGGGCGUGUCAACCGUGUUUGAUUUUCUUUGAUGAGAUCGAUGCUAUCUGUCCGCGUCGGGACAGUGAUGAGUCUACCGGUGAGCAACUAUUUUUUCUGUUUGUUGAGAUAUUUUUGAAAACAAAUCACAUACACAUUGGAUUCUGA